AGAAAAGGCAGUGCCCGAUAAUAGCCUUACACCUUAUCUAAAGCCAGAUACAGCGAAUUGAUGACCUAAAGUGAAUAUACUCGUUGAUAGGAGACAGGGAAACCCGACACCGGCCGGUACUUCUCUGACACUAGUGAGCGCGGCGAACCUCUUUCGGAGAAGAUCGCAAGUUCAACCUGGAAUCCACCUGCAUUGCGGCAACGGCAAACAACCACACGGCGUCAACCGAAUCCGCAACGACGCCAUCUGAAUCGCCCCUCGUACGCGCUCCACCGAAACGAUAUACGACGCCUCUGCUUGACGCGAUAUAUGCUGCCCGAAUACUUCACUUGAGUGACUCGUUGCCUCGCGCCCUCGCGCCUUGCCCAUCCCAUCCCCUCACGUCACCAACUCAAUCCGCGCAAAGUGGCGCUCACGGCCAUCACCACGAGCCAGGCUCCGCUGUCUCUUCAACAACACGCAGAAAUUGCGAGCAGUUCUGCAGAAGAGCUGGAAGGGGAGCUACAACCUUUGAUGAUGGCACAGCCGGUGCCUGAACCUCCUCCGAGCAACAAGAAGAGGGUGAAAGUCUAUGAAUUGCGCAACAGUGACUGGUUUGAUAGGGGUACUGGAUUUUGCACUGCUGAGUUAACACUGGUAUGUGCUGCACCCUCAGAGAUUCCUGCUCGAAUUGUCCAUCGUCGUGUUUUGUGGAUGUGAAGCUAGAGCUAGGCGCGCACAUGUAAGAAAACAACUUGUUGACUUUGGCGCGUCUUAGAACGAUACCAACGGCCAUGAGGAACCGCGGGUGGUGGUCCACUCCGAGGACCACCCAGACCGUAUAUUAUUAGAGACGAGAAUCUGCAAAGAGGACUUGUUCCAAAAACAACAAGGUGUGUUGCUUAACAACAUCGGAAAAGUCUUGCUGGCUAAUGACGACCAAUAGAAACCUUGAUAGUAUGGACGGAACCUUCAACCAGUGUUGACAUGGCCCUUAGCUUUCAGGAAGCCGAUGGAUGUACUCAGAUAUGGUAAGCAUUGCAGUCUGGUACUCAAAGACCCGACGAAAAAAUACUUAUUGGCGAACGCUGCGCAGGAAAUUCGUGAGCAAUAUUCAAGAGACGUUUUCACAAAUUAGUGGAACAGGUAGGCGGCCAUCCUGUAUAUAUACCCCAUAUCUCUCCCUUUUCUUUCUUUGUCUGAGGUCAUUCUUCAGUAUAAAUUACUCUGCUAAUCCUCCCAGAUGAUCCCCUUGACGAUGACAUGCCACUGGACCAUACUUAUUCCCACCAAAUAAUGCUACACCCCCCCUCACUCGGAAAUUUGCCAGAGGUGGAAACCCAAGUUCGGACAUACAACAAUACCACUCACGGACGCGAUGCCAUGGCGAAGUUCAUUCUUUCAGAAGACUAUAUGAAACAACUCGUACCUCUGUUGGAGAUGGCCGAAGAUAUGGAAGACCUGCCCAGCCUGCAUAAGCUCUGCAACAUAAUGAAGAUUUUCAUACUCCUCAAUGACAAUUCAAUCAUGGAGAUGGUGGUUAGAGAAGAUGUGUAUCUUGGUGCUAUGGGUGCAUUAGAGUACGACCCAGAUUUUCCCAGCCACAAGGCAAACCACCGGCAAUGGCUUGGCAAGGAGGGAAGAUAUAAGGAGGUCGUGAGGAUCCAGGACGAAGAUAUUCGGAAGAAGAUUCAUACGGUCUAUCGAUUACAGUAUCUGAAAGAUGUCGUACUUGCCCGCAUUCUGGAUGACCCCACAUUUUCGGUGCUAAAUAGCCUCAUUUUCUUCGCGCAAGUGGAUAUUGUCCAGCAUAUCCAGUCGAACCCACCAUUCUUAAAGGAGCUAUUUGGUAUAUUUAGCCCACAGGAAACAAAUCAGGAGCGCAAGAAGGAAGCCGUUCUCUUCAUUCAACAGUGCUGCGCGAUCGCAAAGAACCUCCAGCCUCAAUCGAAAAACGCUCUUUUCAACAACUUCCUCGCGCAUGGGCUUUUGUCAGUUAUCACCUUUGCUCUCCGCCAUAAUGAUGUAGCCAUUCGAGUGGGUGCCACAGACGUACUAGUCGCAAUGAUCGACCAUGAUCCUCAAAUGAUUCGACAGACUAUCUUCAGGCAGAUCAGUGAAAGACAAGUACCGCUGACAGAUUCGCUAAUUGACCUUCUCCUCGUGGAGGCUGAUCUUGGUGUAAAAGCACAAAUUGCCGAUGCGAUUAAAGUUUUAUUAGAUCCAGGUCAACAAAGUGGUCCUCAGGAUCCUUCGAGAGCAGGCGGUGAAUUCGGACAGAGGGUGUUGAGACCGCAGGUCGAUCCACAACAAAUAGAAUUUGUGAAGAAUUUCUAUGACGACUCGGCUAAGAAACUUUUCAAACCUUUGGUGGACCUCAAAGAUAGGACAGACAUGAAUUUCACGGUACAGCAAGUCUCAUUGUUCAUAUACCUGAUCGAGAUUCUCUGCUUCUUCGUUCGACAACAUACACACCACAGCAAGUAUUUCGUGCUUUCAGAGCAUCUGGGUGAACGAAUUGCCCAGCUUUUGUCUAGCCCAGAAAAAUACUUGAAGCUCAGUAAGUUUCCUUCUAUUCGAACCUGAAGUCGCAUACUAACUUUCCGCCAGCUGCAUUAAAAUUCUUCCGUAAUCUGAUAGGACUCCAAGACGAGUUUUACAACCAGCAUAUGACUGGAGGGAAUCUCUUCAAGCCAAUCUUAGAAUUGAUCAUUGAAAGCAUGCCUCGAGAUAAUCUUUUGAACUCAGCCUGCCUCGAGUUCUUCGAGUACAUCCGAGUUAGUCAGACCAAGAGUUUAUUCAACCAUUUGGUCGAAAAUCACCGGGCAUUGCUCGAGCAAAUCACGUAUGUAGAUUUAUUCCGAACUUUCAUCAAUAGAUACGACAACGCUGCUGCGUUUGACCCUGCGACCCUAGACAGCUCCUUCUUGGACAAUGAAGGAGGAGAUACACCAAAGCGAUCCGAGGCAAGCAGAUGGGAAAACGAAAGAGGAAUCAAAGAUCUUGAUCCCGCGGAGGAGGAAUAUUUUAACACAUCUGAUGAUGAGGAUGAAGAGAAGAAGGACAGUCUCGGCUCAGAAGGGAAACAAGCUAACACUAAUGGUACUUCUCCGGUGUCAAAACCUUUGGUUGAUUACCCAUCAGACGAAGAGAAUGAGAACGUGGAACCUGGAUCAUCAAAGGCCGAUGUUGAUCAUGACCUUCCUCGCAAGGGAUCUAGAGCCCAACUUUCAAGUCUUUUCUCAGCCGAUGGUCCACCUCCACCGGAAAGAUUGUCAGAGAAACGUAGACGAGAAGAGGAUGAUGAUAAUGAUGAGCUCGCGAAGUUGGCAUCCUCCAAACGUCGAAGUUCAAGUAGCUCAGUUAGCUCGAUGGGAUCCAAUUCUAGCAAUGACCUGAGACGGAAAAAGAGCUUCGCAUCACAUAGUGGAGGUCCUAGCGGGAAACCGAACAAGAUAGCCAUCAGCGUAUCAUCGGCCAUCAAGACCGGAGAGGGUGGCGGGUCAGCCGAUAGUGGGAGUUGAAAGGCACCUGCAAGGAGAGAAAAACAGAUGUGAUUUCGACACAGAAGGGGCAUCGGGGGAUUUCGAUUGGGCAGGGUGUAUGGAGUCUUUGGAGGAAUUGUGAGGUUGUUUUUACAGAUAAUCCCGCAUAGCUGGCUAUGGCCUCGCUCGGGAAAGACAUAUUU